GCAUCCACUGGGCACUCAUUUCAAGGAAGUAUCUCAUUGACUCUUCACAGCACCCCAUAAGACCUUGGGAUGACUACCCUCCCCCCACACACUUUUUAAAGAUUUUUAUUUACUUAUUCACGAGAGACACAGAGACAGGCAGACACAGGCAGAGGGAGAAGCAGGCUCUCCAUGGGGAGCCCGAUGUGGGACUCAAUCCCAGGGCUCCAGGAUCACGACCUGAGCCAAAGGCACACGCUCAACUACUGAGCCCCCCAGGUGUCCCCGAUUACCCCAUUUUACAGACAGGAAGGACUUACAUCCCAGGAAAUGGCUUGUCUGUCCCAGAUCUGCACUCUGGGCUCCUCCCCUCCUCCUGGAGGGGCAUCAGGCCACGACAUCAACGGCGCCCUGGAGCCCUCCAACAUAGACACCAGCAUCCUGGAGGAGUACAUCAGCAAGGAGGAUGCCUCUGACCUCUGCUUCCCUGACAUCUCUGCUCCAGCCAGUGCAGCCUCCUACCCCCAUGGGCCUCCAGCCAUCCCAGGCUCCAGCGGGGGCCACCACCUGAGCCCCCCUGGGGGUGGACCCUCCCCAGGGCGCCAUGGCUCCCUCCCAGCCCCAAGCUACAGCACCCCGCUCAACUGCAACAAUAAUGCUAUGAGUGGCGCUCCUAAGCCCUUCCUGGGGGCCUCUGGGCCCCCCAUCAAGGCAGAGCCCAAGGCUCCCUAUGCCCCAGGCACACUGCCGGAUUCUCCCCCAGACUCAGGCUCCGAGGCCUACUCCCCCCAGCAGGUGAAUGACCCCCAUCUUCUGCGCACCAUAACCCCCGAGACCCUGUGCCACGUGGGAGUGCCCUCCCGCCUAGAGCACCCACCUCCACCUCCGGCCCACCUGCCGGGCCCCCCACCACCCCCGCCUCACUACCCCGUCCUGCAGCGGGACCUGUACAUGAAGGCCGAGCCCCCGAUGCCCCCCUAUGCUGCCAUGGGGCAGGGGCUCGUGCCCAGCGAUCUCCACCAUACGCAGCAGUCCCAGAUGCUACACCAGCUGCUACAGCAGCACGGAGCUGAGCUCCCCACACACCCCUCCAAGAAGAGGAAGCACUCCGAAUCACCUCCCAACACCCUCAAUACCCAGAUGCUGAAUGGAAUGAUCAAACAGGAGCCCGGGACCACCACGAGCCUGCCCCCACACCCAGCUCGCGCCCCAUCACCUCCCUGGCCUCCCCAGGGCCCACUGUCACCUGGCCCCAGCUCCUUGCCCCUCAGCAUCGCCCGGGUCCAGACGCCACCUUGGCACCCGCCAGGUGCCCCCUCACCAGGUCUCCUGCAGGACAAUGACAGCCUCAGCGGCUCCUACCUGGACCCCAACUAUCAGUCCAUCAAGUGGCAACCGCAUCAGCAGAACAAGUGGGCCACGCUGUACGAUGCAAACUACAAAGAGCUGCCAAUGCUCACUUACCGUGUGGACGCUGACAAGGGCUUCAACUUCUCGGUGGGCGACGACGCCUUCGUGUGCCAGAAGAAAAACCACUUCCAGGUGACAGUGUACAUCGGGAUGCUGGGUGAGCCCAAGUAUGUCAAGACACCUGAAGGCCUCAAGCCUCUUGACUGCUUCUACCUGAAACUGCAUGGAGUGAAGCUGGAGGCCCUGAACCAGUCCAUCAACAUUGAACAGUCGCAGUCUGACCGGAGCAAGCGGCCCUUUAAUCCUGUCACGGUCAAUCUGCCCCCUGAGCAGGUCACGAAGGUGACCGUGGGGCGCUUGCACUUCAGCGAGACCACUGCCAACAACAUGCGCAAGAAGGGCAAACCCAACCCUGACCAGAGGUACUUCAUGCUGGUGGUGGCCCUCCAGGCCCACGCACAGAACCAGAACUACACGCUGGCUGCCCAGAUCUCAGAGCGCAUCAUCGUGAGGGCCUCCAACCCAGGCCAGUUUGAGAGUGACAGCGACGUGCUGUGGCAGCGGGCGCAGGUGCCUGACACCGUCUUCCACCAUGGCCGCGUGGGCAUCAACACGGACCGGCCUGAUGAGGCGCUGGUGGUGCACGGCAACGUCAAGGUCAUGGGCUCGCUCAUGCACCCCUCGGAUCUGCGGGCCAAGGAGCACGUGCAGGAGGUGGACACCACGGAGCAGCUGAAGAGGAUCUCGCGCAUGCGGCUGGUGCACUACAGAUACAAGCCGGAGUUUGCAGCCACCGCAGGCAUCGAGGCCACGGCGCCAGAGACAGGUGUCAUCGCGCAGGAAGUGAAGGAGAUCCUGCCUGAAGCCGUGAAGGACACUGGAGACAUGGUCUUUGCCAAUGGACAAACCGUAGAGAAUUUCUUGGUGGUGAACAAGGAGCGCAUCUUUAUGGAGAAUGUGGGUGCUGUGAAGGAGCUGUGCAAGCUGACGGACAACCUGGAGACACGCAUCGAUGAGCUGGAGCGCUGGAGCCACAGGCUGGCCAAACUGCGGCGGCUGGACAGCCUCAAGUCCACCGGCAGCUCGGGCGCCUUCAGCCAUGCAGGGAGCCAGUUCAGCCGGGCGGGCAGUGUGCCCCACAAGAAGAGGCCCCCCAAGGUGGCCAGCAAGUCAUCCUCUGUGGUCCCAGACCAGGCCUGCAUCAACCAGCGCUUCCUACAGGGAACCAUUAUUGCCCUGGUAGUGGUCAUGGCCUUCAGCGUGGUGUCCAUGUCCACACUGUAUGUGCUGAGCCUGCGCACCGAGGAGGACCUGGUAGAAACUGAUGGCUCUUUUGCCGUGUCCACUUCCUGCCUUCUGGCCCUGCUCCGGCCCCAGCUCGCUGGGGGGAGUGAGGCCCUGUGUCCAUGCAGGUUAAGCCAGAGCUUUGGGACCACUCAGCUCCGACAGUCCCCUGUGACCACCGGGCUGCCAGGCACACAGCCCUCUUUGCUGCUGGUUACCACUGGCCUGACCCGCUCAGCCCCAGGUCCGGUCGUCCCCACCUUGGACCUGUGCUCCAGCCACCCCUGCCCGGUUGUCUGCUGCUCGUUGUCUACCCCCAGCCUGACCACUGCCCCUAGUCUUGGCCCCAGCUUUAACCCUGGCCGUGGCCUCAACCCCAGUCCCAGUCCCUCCGGCAACCGCUCAGGCCCCAGCCAGAUGGCCCUGCUGCCAGUCACAAACAUCAAAGCCAAAUCCUGGAGCCUAUCAGCCAAUGGCAUUGGCCACUCCAAGCAUCCAAAGAGCUCAGAGCCUCUGGCCAGCCCUGCAGUCCCCUUCUCUGGAGGGCAGGGCAAAGCCAAGAACAGCCCCAGCCUUAGUCUCCAUGGUCGGACCCGCCGAGGGGCCUCCCAGCCUGGCCUGAGCCCUGCUCAGCCAACUCAGGCCCGGGGCCAGCCAGACCCAGUGCCCUCCCUGACCUCCAUCCAGGUGCUGGAGACUUUGAUGCCCAUCACUUCCCAGUACUGCGCUCCAGGAGAUGCCUGCAGGCCUGGAAACUUCACCUACCACAUCCCUGUCAGCAGCAGCACCCCACUGCACCUCAGCCUGACUCUGCAGAUGAACUCUUCGUUUCCCGUGUCUGUGGUGCUGUGCAGCCUGACGUCAAAGGAAGAGCCGUGUGAGGAGGGGGGCUUCCCCCAGAGCCUGCACACCUACCAAGACACCCAGGGCACUUCCCAUCAGUGGCCAAUAACUAUCCUGUCUUUCCGAGAAUUCACCUACCACUUCCGGGUGGCACUGCUGAGCCACCUCCCGCUGCCCUCCCCCACCAGGAUCAGGCCAACUGCAGUGCAGAGGCCCCUAUCCGGCCAGCCACAGACUACUACUUCCAUUUCUACCGGCUGUGUGACUGAGCUGCCUUCUCCAAGGUGGCAGCCUUCUGGGGCCUGGAGCCCUGGGCGCCCCUUCCACACUGGAUGCAGUGGUGUUAUACUGGAGCCUGCCACCCGCCAGCUCUCUGCUGUUCACUGGCGCUCCCUGGGAGACUGAACUGGGCUUGGCCCUCCCCCACGACUGGUCAAACUGGAAGUCCUCACACUGGAGUUGCUGUUCCUGCUGGCUGCCCCUCACAUACCACAGAGGAAGCCAGAGAGACCUGGGGCCAGGACAGGACUGAUAUGUAUCAAUCUGCAUAUUGUGGUUGGAAGGCUGGCUUCAGGUCCGUGGCUGGAGCCUGUGACCAUCCAGAGCCUAUCCUCCCACUCUCCCCUUUUCAGACUGCGAGCCAUCCCUCUUUUGAAAUGGGGACCUGUUGCCUUUGGUAACAGCUGGGGACUUGGCUGGAUCCCUACAAGACUUGGCUGCAUCCAUGAGUCACUGGAAAGUAUGCAGCCCUCACCUUCGAGGCUGCUCCGUGGGGGGUGGCGAGGUGGUCGACUUCUUAGGGUUUGACUGUUACGCUGGACUUGGAACUUUUAAGCUUUAAGUGUGACCCAGGAAGUUUCUUCUCCCUGGGAGGGCUGGAAAGACUGAUCAUGUGCCUUAUGUACUUAGUGCCUGGCUGAACUGGUGGGGGCGCUAGCGCACCAGGUAAGCCUUGAACCUGGAGUGUCCUGGAAGGGAAGUUCCUGGUGAGCCCCCAGAUGGGUGUUGUGGCCCCCUGGCCCAGGCUCCUGGGAGCUGCCAGAGCUUGCAGGUGGUAUCAGUAACCUAUCAUUUUCUCUGAGCAGAGGAGCGGGAAUCCCUGCAAGGCAGCAGGCUGGCCUUGGCUGGUGCGUGGAAAAAAUAGCUUUUGCUGUAAUUAAUGGAGUAGUUACUGAAAUGCACUUAAGCCAGAGCACGAGUGGAAAGAUGGAGAUGGAAAGCCCAGAGAAGUGCAGAGCCCUGGGGAGACACAAGGACAGGGCCCUGGCUCUGAUCCAUCCCAGGGAGGCUGGAGACAUCCCUCCCCCUCCUGGCCACUAAGACUCUGGCUUCUCCCUCCUCUUGUCUGCUGGUAACCGUGUCUCCCCCAGUCAAGGGCUCCUGUGCUUGGCUCCACAAGCCACGCUUGGCAGCAGGCUCGGUCCCCCCUCUCCCGUCCCAGAGGUGGAGCAGUGGGCUUGUGUCACUGAAGUCUUAACUCGAGUGCCAAUGUUAGCCUGGAGCGUUCUAAGGCCGCAUCCAGGCUCACGGAAGGAGUACAGAAAUCUUUUAGCCGCGUCUACAUGGGUUCAGAAAGGGGAACAGGAAUUGCCAUCCCUGCCCCGUGGUAUUCUGCCUUUGGGAACCAGGCCUUCCCCUUCCCCAACAUCUCGUUUUCAGCUUUGAAUGGGAGGCCUUUCUGUGGGGAACUGAGAUUUGAAGAAACCUGUGAGGUGUGCGCCCCCUUCUGCCAUGGGUCUCAAAGCACUUAUCCUCAGAGGAACUGGGGGUUAGGGCUACCCUGCCUCCCAGUUCUCUUCCCAGUGUGGCUCCACUCCCUCAUCCUGACAUAGGAAUUAUGUGGCUCCCGACACCGUGCAGGGGGCCAGGCCUUACUUAUGACCACUCUGUUCUCUCUCCCCCCUCACAGGGGUGGGGGAACCCUUCCAAAACGCCUUAAAACUGCUGAGCCCCACCUUUCGUAAUAGGAUUCUGGGGCUUCCUCAGUGAGGGUGCCUGUCCUUGGACUGUGGCCCCUCCGUCCUUAACUGGAAAGUGACCCUCCACUGCCCCCUGGAGCCCUUCUGGAAACAGCAUAGCCCCAAUCUGGUGAGCAGCUGGCUGUUUCUAUGCCUGAGGAGGGAUCCUCAGUGCAAGGAUUGGGGCCAGGCUGGGCUCCAAGCUGCUUGAACAGGGGGUCAACUUUGGACCAAAGUAAAAGGGCUACAGGGAAGAAGAGCAGGGUCACCUGCUGGGGGCUGACAGCUGCCCCGCUGGCACUGGUAAGUGGGUGUCUUGGCUCCAUUCCCUAUGUGGGGUCUAGCAGCCAUUCCUUCCUCCCUCUCUCCCCUCUGGCAUUUACUCCUGUAGCCACUGGGCUCAUCUCCCCAAAGCUUCAAGCUGUACAUAGGGCCUUUCAGGCACAAGUCCCUCUGCCUGUAUUAUACCCUCCCCCGAUAAAAGCCUGCAUGUGCAUAGAGCACCCCUCCCUCCCAGUUAACUCCCAGAUCCUGUCUCUGAGUGCUGACUCCUAUUUAUCGUGUACCAGCUCUGACUCUGGAGUGGGCAGAGGGAAGCAGCCCUGGGCCUGCUUUUUCCUGUCCCUGUUCUUUUCUUCUGAAGUAAAUAUACGUAUAUAAAUAAAUGUAAAAAUAUGGCUUUGUAUCUGA